UUAGAGAUUUCAAGUUCACCAAACAAAGAUACCAAUAUUUCUUUCAAAAAAGAUUUGUUGAGGAUGUCGGCUGAACUGAAAAAAUUUUAUCUUAAUUAUUAUGGGAAAAUUGGUGAACUUCAACCACUAUUAAAAGCAUCUGCAAAUGUUGAUCUCAUACACAAAUUUAUUGAUCUAUGUAUUGUUGAUGCAGUGAAUGCUCAAAUAGACGCUUAUUUCAGUGUUGAACGAGAGGAAUUUCUUGAAAAGCAAAUUUGUUAUACACCAAUUUCAUACAGUGAUAUAUUUAUGAAAGAAAAACCAGUAAUAUUAAUAUCUGGAAUAGCUGGUAUUGGGAAAACAUGGUUGCUUAGAAAAUGUUUGCUUGAUUGGUCAAAUGAUUUAAUUUGGAAAAAUGUUGAACUUGUUUUCUAUUUGGAAUGCAGGAGAAUUAAUCAAUAUCCAUAUAUUUCUAAUAUCAAUGAUUUACUAAAUGUGUUCUACAAAGAUAUUGUAAACAACUUUAAUAUUAGUAAUCAUACUGCACUGUUUUUAAUUGAUGGAUUAGAUGAGUUUAAGUAUUUCAAUGAAUUGUUAAACCCAAGUUUGACUUGUAACUAUCCGAUUGUUAAUGCUUUAGCAGAAAUUCAAAAAUACAAAUACAUAAUUGCUGGUAGAGUUUAUGCGAUAGAUCAAUACCAAAGUAUAUCUACAGAACAUAGUGAUAAGUUAACCAUUCAAGUAAUGGGGUUUAAUGAAAAUGGAAUAAAUAAUUAUGUAGAAAAUCAUGUUGUAGAAGAAAAAAAAGAAUUUGUAAAAACAACUUUAAAGGAGUCUUCAAUUGCAAAAGCCAUGGCAUCUGUUCCGUUUUAUUUAUCUUCAAUGUGUAAAAUUAUAAGUGAUUCAAAAAAAAUAGAAACAAAUUCUUUCUUAACAAUGACAGAUUUGUAUACAAAUAUUUUUUUAUACUUUUUGCGAAAACAUAUCAUAAAAAACAAUAAACUGAUAUAUGAGAUAAUGGAAGACAGUUCCAAUAAAAAGUAUAUUUUAAAUAUUUAUAAAAUUGCAUAUAAAAUGUUUGUUAACAAUAAAAUAAUUUUUUCCAAAGAUGAAAUUCAAGCUUUUAUUAAUGACUUUGAUAAAAAUGAAGGUAAUUUCUUUGGAUUUAUAGAAAGGAUUGAAACAGAUCUUGGUUGUUAUUAUCAAUUUGCACAUUUGACAAUAAUGGAGUUUUGUGCAUCUGUAUAUGCAUAUAAUUGUUUAAGUAGUGAUGAGAUUAUGGCCAAUGAGAGGCUGAUUAGUUGUUUAUCAAUGAUCUGUGGAUUAGCCAAUAAAAACCCAAAUAGUUUAUUAAAGUUUCUUGUUAACCUGGAUUCUUCAAAAAAAUCCUAUAAAGAAUCUUCACUUUUGUUUUCUAUUUUGGAUCGUCUACGUAAAAGUGAUAAUAGAGAAGACCGUGAUUUAUUCAUUGAAUGUUUUUAUGAAAGUCAAUCAUCAUUUAAUGAUGAAAUUAAAUCAAUUGUUGAUGAACAAGGAGAGUGGUGGAUUAUUUCGAUUUACAAUGGAAAAACUUCUUACUUAACUUCUUGCGAAAAUUAUUUCAUAAAUCAUUACGUAAAAUCUGGAAGAAAGUUAUCGAGCUUAUAUGUUGAUAAUGUUUAUAAAAUUAUUUUAAGUGAUGAAGAAAAAAAACUUUUAAUACAAUGUUCAACUAAUGUUCGCGAUGUCAGAUUUUAUCGUCCAAUUAAUUUCGAAGGAUGGAAACCGAAAGAUAAGAUUGAAGAGUUGAGGAUAUGGAUCUCAUAUUAUUUAACAAAAAAAGAUUUUGAAGAAAAUUUUCUUCCGUGGAUUAAUCUUUGUGAAGAAUUAGAUCUUUAUCUUCACGACGACAUUGAUUUUAUUAAAGAAUUAUAUGAAUGGAUUCGUUGUUCGAAAAAAUAUUUAAUACCUUAA